AAGCCUCCGUACUCCACCACGCCACGUGGCGCGCUGUAGCCUUCAAGAUCUCAUCGCUGACCUCAUCCUCCUUGAAUCAAACUUCAGCGCCUUCAAUCCCGGCUUAACUUGCUCGAUCCACGACCCAAUUCGACUUCAUGCGUCCUACCAAUGCCGGCCGCAGAUAACCCAGGCGGCGGCAGCGGCGCCAGCACCAGCACCAGCACACGCGUGCUGCGUGGAGCGUCGGUGCUGAUCCUCCUGCAAGUGGUUUCGCGGGCCCUCACCUUUGUCGCGAACCAGGCGCUGCUGCGCUUCCUGACGGCCCAGCUGCUCGGCGUGUCGACCCAGCUCGAGGUCUACUACCUGUCCGUCAUUUUCUUUGCGCGCGAGAGCUUGCGGGUCGCCAUCCAGAGACAGGACUCUUCAAGUCUCUCAACUGCCAGGGGUGGCAAGGACGACCAUCACAGUCAUGGAGAGCAAAACAAGACCACGGACGCUUCGGCGCAGCAGGCCGUCGUCAACCUGGGCUACAUCGCCCUGUCCCUGGGCAUCCCGCUGGCAUUCCUCUUCGGCUGGCUCUACCUCGGUUCCGUGAGCGCCACCACCCUGGCAUCGGCGCCGAACCUGGUCCCCUCGCUCUACAUCUACGGGCUCGCCGCCGUGGUCGAGCUGCUUUCCGAGCCGGCGUUCGUCGUGAUGCAGACACGCCUGCAGUUCGGCGCGCGCGCCGCUGCUGAGUCGAUCGCCACCUUCCUGCGCUGCGUCGUCACGCUGAGCUCGGCAGUAUGGGGCGCGAACCGCCACCGCGAGCUGGGCGUGCUGCCGUUUGCCCUCGGCCAGCUGAGCUACGGCAUCGGACUGCUGGCCGUCUACGCUUGGCACGGCGCGGCGCUGGCGAGCCGUGAAGGCUUCUCUCUCUUGCCCCGACGCAUCAUCGCCACGGCCUCGACCCAAGCGAAGGGAGUUCGCCGAGGUGAACAGCCCGCCUUCGUCCUCUCCUACUUCUACCGCCCCACCCUGCACCUCGCCUCCAGCAUGAUGGCCCAGAGCGUGGUCAAGCACGUCUUGACGCAGGGCGACACCUUCUUGGUGAGCAUCCUCUCCACGCCGACCGCCCAGGGCGUCUACGCGCUGGCCAACAACUACGGCGGCCUGCUCGCCCGCCUGGUGUUCCAGCCCAUCGAGGAAAGCAGCCGCAGCUACUUCAGCCGCCUGCUCGCCCCGUCGUCGUCAUCUUCUUCCCCUCCCUCCACCGCAACCAACCAAUCCCACCACCACCACCAAAACCUCACCCAAGCCUCCACCGCCCUCCAAUCCCUCCUCAAAGCCUACCUCCUCCUCUCCCUCGCCAUCACCGCCCUCCUCCCGGCCGCGGCGCCCUCGCUCCUCGCGCUCGUCGCCGGCCCGCGCUGGUCCGGCUCGGGCGCAGCCGCCUGCCUGGCCGCCUACGCAUGGUACAUCCCGCUCCUGGCGCUCAACGGCGUGGCCGAGGCGUUCGUGGCGUCGGUGGCGGGCGAGGCCGACGUGCACCGGCAGAGCGCCUGGAUGGCGGGCUUCUCGCUGGUCUUCGCCGCCGCGGGGUUUUUCCUGCUCCGCGUGGCUGGGUGGGGCGCCGUCGGGCUGGUGGUGGCCAACGGCGUCAACAUGGCCUGUCGGAUUGCCUGGUGUGUCGUGUUCAUCAAGCGGUAUUUUGCGCGGGAGGGGGCCGGUGAGGGGGCCGGGUUUGAGCUGCUGCGGGUGCUGCCCUCGCCGGCGGCGAUGCUGGCCGGCGCGGUGGCGGCGCAGGCUGUGAAGAGGAUGGUACCCUCAGCUGCGUCGGGAGAGGUGCCAGCCGGGCCGAGGGAAGCGAUCGUGGAGCUGGUCAAGGUGGCGGCUGUUGCUGUGCCGUUUGUGCUCAUUGUGUGAGUCUUUGAUUCAUUUCGUGAUCAUCUAACCGCUGUCUAUGGUAUCGCCUUGGCUAACAUGGCAGCAAGUGCCGCGUCCGAACGCCGGUUUAUCUACAGCGCCUUUCAGGCUCUCAG